GGCCUAUUGGCGUUCUGUGCUAUAACUGAAUGUACUAGCGUAAUAAAAUAAUUUAGCUUUCAAUAAAAGUUAUUUCUCCUAAUCGCAUUUUGAUUCAUACAUGCGAUUGUUGGUCCUUCGAGCUUUUUAAAAGUUUAGAAUCAGUGAUUCCGUGGUUUUACUACGUAUUUCGUUUGCUGGCUGGGCGAAGGUGACUUGCUAUAUCUUGUCGCCGCCCGCCGCAACCUCGCCCAACCCAUUGUUUGGGCGAAUUUAUCAUCGUGAUUUCGGUUGAUAUUAUCCUGAAAUCGUUUAACUCCGUGCUGCAACAAUCAUCAGGAAAGUUCCCGUUCGUCGGCACAAAGGAAUUUUUGUGCAAGUACCGGCGGAUUUAUUUGAGCGGUACAACGAGAAUACUUUGACAAGCUUGUCAACUCAGGUGGGACUAGAUUGUAAGGUUGGUAGUACGGAUCAUCGGUCGUGCGUGUGUGCGUGCCUUUAAAGAGUUGGCGGUAAAAGUGACGUUUUUGGCUGUCAAAAGUGACGUCUGCUCAAUUGGAAUUUUCUUCACGGGCUUUGCAACUUUUGCAAGUGUUUAUAUACAUAUUUCAGCUGCGAUUAUUAACAAAGUUGUUUUAUCAAAGUGCGGGUUUGUGCUUAAAUAGUAUUCAGCGUUUGUUUCGUGAAAUACGACAAUGGCGGAGCUCAAGAAGUUAAAAAUAAUGCGUGGCCAAGUCAAGGCAACUAUGACUCGCAUCGAGCAGUUUGUCAACGACCCCAAUACCUUAAAUUCCGCCUCUCUUGAUACUUUGGAGGCUCGAAAAGAGAAGCUAGCCUCUUCCCUCAAAGAUUACGAGGGAAUCCAACUGGACAUAUUGAGCCUUGAUGACAAGGACACAGAGGAUGCAGGUGACUUUGAGGACCGUUACUUUAACACAAUAGCGAAGAUUAAUGAGGCUCUCAGGUCUCUAAGAGGGUCAGAUACAGUUCAAGCUGCUGGUGUCUCUUCUUCAAAGUUACCUCAUGUUGACAUACCAGUGUACAAUGGAAGCCUCCGUCGAGGACCGCUUGGCCUUUGUGCAGGAGAAUGAGAUGUGUGCAGUUUGUAUAAACCCUCACUCAGAUAAACCUUGCAAGUACAAGUUCAAAUGUAAGUUAUGUAAGGGUCAUCAUAAUACCCUUUUGCAUACAGAGGAUGCUGGAGGUGCCAAUCAACCAGUUGCAGCAUCUAUUGUUUUGACAUGUGUCAAGAAAACAUCUAAUAAAAAGGUAUUACCCACAAUUAAAGUUAAAAUUGUUGAUAAAUUUGGCCGUGAUGUUUACUGCCGUGCAUUGCUUGACACUGGCUCAAGUGAAUCCUUUGCCACAACUUCUCUUGUAGAAAGGCUGGGUUUCUCCACUGUGGCAGAAUGUGAAAAUAUAAUUGGUGUAGCUAAACAGACCAUUAUUAUGGAUAGGUCAGUAAUUAUUACUGUGGAGUCUUGUCAAUAUCAAGAUGUUAAAUUUAAAGUUAACUGUCAUGUUGUAAAAGAUGUAACGGCACAUUUGCCACCACAAUAUGUUGAUUGUUCAGUACUAAAGUUUCCAAGCCAUGUCAAACUUUCUGAUGAAAACUUUAAUGAACCAUCAGAAAUUUCAUUGCUACUAG